CUAGAGACCAUAUCGAUAAAAUAAAAACUGCAUUUUGACAGAAACAGCUGAGCCACUCAUUGGGUUUGAUCAACAAGUGUACACUACACGCACACCCAAUAAAUAACCCUCAAGAUGUAGGAUACCAAAGCACAUCAAACAGCUAUGGAGGCGGGAUACGGCAAAGGUAAGGGAAAAGUGGUGACUGUGUUGAGUAUUGAUGGGGGUGGGAUAAGAGGGAUCAUUCCUGGGGUACUUCUUGCCAAACUAGAAGCCCAACUCCAGGAAUUGGAUGGACCUGAGGCAAGACUUGCAGACUACUUUGAUGUAAUAGCUGGGACAAGCACAGGGGGUUUGAUCAGUAUUAUGUUGGCUGCCCCUGGUGAGGAUAAUCGACCUUUAUAUGCUGCUAAAGAUAUUCCUAAAUUCUACCAGGAACACUGCCCCGAAAUCUUCCCACAGGGCGGACGGAACAGCAUUACAGGCAAUAUAAGAAAUCUUUUUGGAGGGCCAAUAUAUGAUGGGAAGUACCUGAAAUCAUUGGCAGAGAAGCUGCUGAAGGACCUCACGCUGAGCCAGACUCUGACGGAUGUGGUGAUUCCCUCGUUUGAUAUCAAGCACCUUCAGCCUGUCAUCUUCACAACCAAAGAGGGAAGAGAACUAGCGUUGAGGAAUGCUCUGCUGUCUGAUGUGUGCCUCGCCACAUCUGCUGCUCCGACCUAUCUUCCUCCUCACUAUUUCGAGAUUAAGAAUUCAGAGGGGAAGCUGGAAACCUUUGAUGUUGUUGAUGGAGGAGUUGCAGCGAACAAUCCAACAUUAAUAGCGAUGACGAAAAUAUCGGAUGAAAUACUGAAGGCAAAGUCCGAGACAAAAGACGUACCGAAUCUGAUGGAGGGGAAUCUGUUGGUUGUGUCGCUGGGCACCGGCUUGCGACGGAGGGAGGAGUUGUACAACGCCGCCGACGCCGCCAAGUGGGGGAUGCUUUCCUGGGUGUACAGCGGAGGCAGAACGCCAUUGAUCGAUAUCUACAGCGACUCGAGCGCCGACAUGGUAGACAUCCACGUCUCCACGCUUUUCCGAUACGCGAAUAAGACGCAAAAUUAUCUCCGAAUUCAGGAGGAAGAUCUGAGCGGCGACGCGGCGUCAAUGGACAUUGCCACUAAGGACAACCUGGAUAAUCUGGUGCAAAUUGGGGAACGCUUGCUUAAGAAGCCGGCUUGCAGGAUUGAUCUGGAGACCGGCUUUCCGGUUCCGCUUCCGGGCGCGGGUACGAACGAGGAGGCUCUGGCCCGGUUCGCGGUGAAGCUGUCGGAGGAGAGGAAGUCCCGCCGUGAAGGAUAGGGAAUGCCUGGGAGUCGAGAUCCAGGAGUUACCAAGCACGUGACUUACAGUAAUCGGUUAUACGAAUAAAUACUUAAUACGGAGGGGUUAGGGGGCUUAUGGUUGUAAAGCACGUAAAAAAAUAAACAGGCGGCAUACAUGGUUAAAUAAUACAUUAUUUAUUUGUACUUAUAAGGGGUAUUAUAUUAAUAUAUUCUAUAUAUAUAGUUAGAAUAUUGUUAUGUUGAUAGUUGAUUUGCUGCGUAAAUCAAUCAUAUUAAUAGUGUUGUAUAA